CCAGACACUCGUACGGCAGAGCGGCUCGCUAGCUACAAGGCAAGACAUCUACAACCGGAUUGCAGAUGUACGUCGAGAUGCAUGCGAAGGUCAGAGUGCAAUUCAUGCGCUAGCCAAUCGACUCGACAAGUCGCGGGGAGGUGGCCGCGUUAGAUGCAUUGUUGUGGUGACUAAUACACUUUUGCGAUGACUCAAGCGAGACGGACCCGUCUCUCUAGUGGGAGCCGGACCCGUGGCUCUAGUGGGAGCCCCUGACCAUGGUCAGGCUGGCGCUGACAAAUAAUCACAAGCACCCUUCUGUUCCAUAGCCAGAUAUCAUGCUCAUGUAACUCAACAUCCGUGGAACUGAACCGAGAGAGGCUCUACCAAGCAAUUCGAGACAGUACCGCUGCCCGGCAUGGAGUUCAUCACAAUAAUGCAUCCAAGCCAGAAGAACUCGCCCCGGUUGAGGCGCGAGGCCCAUUCCCAUGCGGCUCGGACUGCACAUGCCCGGGUGAGGAGGAUCCAAGUCGCGCGUUAUACUGCUCUUAAGUCAGCCUUGCAGAAGAAGGCAUCACCAACAACACCCCCAAAGGUCACCGUCUCCCCAACUCAAAACUGGAACCUUGCCAGCCAGCACCCCAGCUCGGUCCCGGCCUUUAUCUCAAGCGCCUUCGAACACGAGCCCCUGGCGAGCUUUUUGAGAUUGCUCACUUCCAGGGAACAUUAUCUAUUCAACUAUUACAUGCGCGUAGUCAGCCCCGCAAUAUGCGACCGCUGCCCGAUCCUGAACGGUCUGGGCAUUGAGCACCGACGACGAGUCCGCGACAACUGGGCCAUCUUAUCAUCGACCGACCUCGAGAUCCUCAGGGGCACCCUGCUCUCGGCCUGCCGCUGGCUGUCCAUGGUCCAGCAGGAGACCGAAUACGCCGAGCUCGCCAUCGAGUACAAGCUGCGCCUGGUCCGGGAUCUGCAAGGGACCAUCCGUACGGGAGGGCUAUUGUCGAGCCGGACGGCGGUCAGCAAGGCCUUGGUGCUGGCGUGUGACGAGAUCACGAUUCGCGACAUGUCCAUGGCUGCAACACACCUUGCGGGCGCCUUGCAGAUCAUCAGGGUAGCAGGCGGGAUCAAGGUGCUCGAGCUAAGUGGCCUGGUUCUUUUCCUCUUGUCGAGCUGUGUGCAUGGCAAGAAGCUUCUCAAUUCGGACCCUCCCAUCGAGAUCCCUUGCGGAACGGAAUUCCUAAACCGGAUGGGGCUGCUUGCCAACUAUAUUCUACAAUAAGAGAAUCAUGUCCUGCUUGUUGCUUUUGUGCGGAGCGGGAAAGGCGGAGGGCGUAUUUAGGGGACUAUAUUGAUGUCACCACUAUCCAUCUAGCCGAUCAGCGAACACUGUAGUCUAUCGAUUGGCGAAGGACAGAAGAGAAACUCCCCGGCUGCGCUUUAAGACACGGUCCGUUCAUAGUGGCAUUAUUUCUGGCAUGUCCCUUGCUGUAUGUAGAG